AUGGCAGAUCUACUCAAGAGACAUGUAACAAAUCACGACACAGAGCCUGCAAGCAAGCGACAAAAGCGCGAAAUCGCUCGCGAUACCAGGGUCGUUCAGGCCUGCGAAGCUUGCUCCCAAAGCCAUCUCCGCUGCGAAGACGAGAAGCCAUGCAGUCGAUGCAAGAAGAAGAAGAUACCCUGCCGGGUACCUGAAGUCCCGGUUACAGACGAAAACGACAUACAUGAGAUUGAUGCAGUUCAUGCGGCGCAGGAUCUGCUCGAUUUGUCGAAUGGCUUCGAUUACCCCUCAUCGCUGCCGGCUCACGGCGGCAGCGUCAAUACAUCUGCAUCUACGACAUCAGAGACUCCAGAACCUUUUCACAACCACGCGACCCUAGUCGUUACCGACUCGAAUACAAUGCACCGACACUCCGUAGCUUCAGGCGACCUCGAGACAAGGACAGCAGGUAUGGGCGACAUGCAGCCGCCACCGCCCAACAACGGCGGCGGCCUUGUCGCGAUGAACCAGAACUACGAAGACCCGAGCGCAUCUAUGCCUUUCUUCGAUAAUUCGAUUGCGCACUUUGACAACACGCCAGGGCACAAUCCCUUCUUGCCAGACUAUUUCCGCAGUAUGCCCCCAUUUGAAGCGUUCCUGUCCGGCCAGGCAACUCCCCGGGGUAUCAUGGACCUCAGUUUCGAUCUAGAUGUUGGCUUGACCGACCUUGAUCUCGGUCUCCUUGAUCAAUACAACUUCCAGGUCCCGUUCGCUGCUGAUACACCAUCCACGGACGCCCAUGGCGCUGAACAACCCGUACCCGAGACUGAUACGGCUCCUGUAAGGGCGGAAGCAUUCAAGCAGAGCAUCUGGCGUUAUCUCCCCCAACGGUCCAGAAACCCCACUGCGGAACAAGUCAACUUGGCUGUCCCGGACACAGAAAAGGACGGUUAUAGACGUUCCAACUUCACACACCGCCGCGUCGUGGCAGAGAAGUAA